UUAUAGAUAGAUGGAUCGGCCAUGGACCCGUUCUUAGAUGUGCUUUGCAAAUAUGUUUAAAAACUACAAAUGCUGACAUAGUCAGAGGAGGUUUUCACUCAGAGAUGUCAAAACUAUCUGCUGAGUCGCAGCCAUUCAUACCGCGUCAUGUCGGAGAUGCACCUCAACCUGAGGAGACUGCUGACACGGUAUUAGGGGAAGAGUUGCAGCCAAGUCGGGCACCUUCUGGGAAGGCGCAAGUUCAGAUGCCCGAUGAGAAGCAAGAGAAUGUGACUGUGGUACCUGCACAGGUGGAACACGUCGUGGAAGAACAAAAUGGGACAGCGGAGGACCAGCCAGAGAAUGAAACCUAUCAGCAAGAUGAUACCACAGAGAUCUACACACAGCAGCAGCAGCAGCAGCAGCAGCAGCGGCAGCAUGAGCAACUGCAAGGUGUCGACUAUGGGCCUCAUCAGCAGGGAUCGGAGACGACGGUGUCAGUCUACAAUCAGCCCGGCGAAUUCAAGAGCCUCCCGAAAUACAUGACGAGCUGCUAUCCAUUUGUGCAAGGCGAUCCAGGAUAUGUUAAGAAUCGAUGGCCUAUGAACCAGUCGCAGCAAAUCCUUCCGAGUAAUUUGUCGCCGGGCCUGCCUCAGAUAGCUGCGCCUGCAGGCAGUGCCGCCUAUGGGCCACUAAACAAGUCACCGAUCUACGAUAGUUUUGUAUAUGGAUAUAACCCAGCUGUGUACCCAGCACCACCGGUAGCGGACCCACAACCUAUAGGAUAUUACGCUGGGAAUGUAACGUAUGCUUCGGGAGUGCCAAUGUACCAGCCAUUCACAGUCAGUCAGCCCCAGCAGGUUAUCGAUACAACCAUUCCUGUUGUAUCCAACCAGGUUCAGAGAGUCACCGGGGCUAUCAGCAAGAAAAACGCCCAGACGAAUCUCCCUAACAGGAAGAAAGGUUCUGCCAAGCACAGGACCGUCAUCUGUGUCGAGCUGAGUACGCAGACAGAUUUCUCUGAGAAGAUUGCUGAACAUUCUCUUGAUGAGUUGCCGUCACGGCUGUACAGGGUGCGAGCCAACCAGGCCAGACACAAAGUCCGAUCCGACACCAUUAGCAUGGACACCACUUGUGAUGACUCCAGGAUCUCCGGCUCCCGACACAAGCGCACUGCGUCUAAAGCGUCUUCCUCCCGGCCCAAGGACUUUGUGCAGUCGCCAUCAGUUGCCGCCUCAGCGUCCGUACUGCCGGUGGAGUCGCAGGAGAAACCCGAGCCCACGUCUUCCGUGCCGUCGCCAAUGAACUAUGCACAGGCUCUUCGCAACAACUGGACAAGGCUGUCGGCGAGCGUUGAACAGAAGGCGGCAGAGAAAGCGAGCAAAGACGCAGCCGAUGGUCGCCGUGAGGAGUCGCCUGAAGAUGGAGCAGGGCCUGACCGGAAGGAAGCAGUCAGUAAGGGAUCAGAAGCAGAAAACAACCCGAGCAGCAAGUGUAAUGUUGAAGCAAGCCAUGGGGUGGUCACCAUCACCCAGCCGACGUCAGAGGUCGAAUCGAAACCUACUGCUGUCGUGAACGGUGAGGUGGCCAAUGCCAUCGAGGUAGAAGCACCCUCUACUGGGGGAGGGAGAGGAGACGUGACCGUGAUGUCUGUUCAGCCUGCUCCUUCUCCACCAGUCGUGCCAUGGACAGGCAUCUCUUACAGUAGUGCCCUGAAAUCCAAGCUCAAAUCUGCAAGCAGUCCAGCUGGUGUUUUGCCCCACCCUCCAAUAAUGAUAGGAAAAGCUGGGGGAGCACCUUCCCCACUUGCCAUGCCAGCGGAAGUGCAGAUCAAUAAAACAGAAGAAAAGCAAGCCAAAAAGAAGAGCAAGAAGAAAAAGAAAGAACAGUUAGUACCACAACCGGCAGUGCCGAGCAAACCAGCAAAGAAAUCGCAGGCUCCCAUUCAGUUUGAUAUUGGGAAUAUGAUUGCUGCACUCGAGAAGCAGAAGAUUGCAUCAGCACAGGUUAAUGAGGAGAAACAGGAGGACAGACAUGCUGAAAAGAAAACUGAAAAGCCCAAGUUGGUUGCCAACCCGUUGGAUAGCACAGCGCCAGCUAAACGCGGCAAAGAAAAGGAGAACCCAGCUCGGAAGCGACCCAGUGCCCUGAAGAAGGUUAUUUUGAAGGAGAGACAGGAGAAGAAGAGGGUGAGGUUGAUGAAGGAGGAGAUGCAUGGACAGUUGUCAGCAGGAACAGCAGCAGCCAACCGAGUGUUGAAGCCGAUGGAUGCUGUUGGGGAGGCGGAUGUAUUGUUUACGGCACCAGAGAUGUCGCAAGAAGUCGUGCCAAAGACGCAAGAUACUGAGGAUCUAUCGCCGAUCUCACAGGCAACGCCUCUGCACAUGACACCACUGUCUCAGGUGCCCACGGCUGGUACAGGUGACUCCGCCAUUCCCGGCAUGAACAGUGCAGAGCGCAACCUCGUGACGAUGCAAAUACACAGCCGACGCUUCCGCGAGUAUUGCACACAGAUGCUGCACAAGGACAUUGACAACUGCUGCACAUUGUUGCUGCAGGACCUAGUCAGAUUUCAAGAUAGACUCUACCACAAGGAUAAAAUAAAAGCGAGAGCACGGCGAAGAAUUGUGCUAGGCUUGAGGGAAGUAGCCAAACACCUAAAGCUACGCAAGCUCAAACUGCUCAUAAUUUCUCCAAACCUUGAGAGAAUACAGUCAAAAGGUGGCCUUGACGACGCGUUACACAACAUCAUCCGUCUAGCCCAGGACCAGAACGUUCCGUUUGUGUUUGCGCUCGGCCGGCGAGCGUUGGGACGUGCGUGUGCCAAGCUGGUGCCGGUCAGCGUCGUGGGAGUGUUCAACUACGAGGGCAGCGAGGAGCACUUCCAGCAGCUGAUGGACCUGUCGGCGCAGGCGCGCAAGAGCUACCAGGAGAUGGUCGCAGCCGUCGAGCGCGAGGCGAACGAGAUCGCGAAGAAGCAGCUCUACAUGCACAUGGGCCACUCGCGCACGCCGUCCGCGUGCAGCGCCAUCUCGUUCACGAGCAGCAUCCUGUCGGAGCCGAUCUCCGAGAACUACCCGAUGUCGGAGCCGGAGUCGUCGGACGCAGCGGCGCGCGGCGCGCACUUCCUCCAGCAGAGGGAGCUGCUGGCGGCGCUCGGCAACACGUUGAACGUCGCGCCGCUGGACGGCGGCGGCGGCGGCGUCCUGCAGAGGGAGCUGCGGCGAGCGGUCCGCAGCAGCCGUCGACGCCGGCGGCGCGAGAGAACGGUGUCGCGGCGCACGACGACGCCUCGCGAAGAUGGGCAGAGCGGCCGGCGCUGCGGAAACGCGAUUCCCCGAGCGCGCCGGAGGCGUUCGCGAACGCCCAAGUUCCAAACCCGGCCGCCGCCGCGCAGACGUCCCCGCGAGGUGACCGCGGGACCGAUCGUGACUCCGACUCGCCAGGGGGCCGCCACGACAGACGUCCGACGCUCGUCGCCGAUGCUGACGGCGAGGUUCGAACAAAGCACGGUGACGCAGCCAGCCGCCGCCGAGGCAGAGGCCGCGCCGAGACGUCGCGUUGACGACCGGGCGCGCGGCAGUGUCGCGCCAACCGACGAGCGCGACGCGACGAAGCCGGCGCAGUCUCAGGCGGCGGCGUCCGAGCCCGCGGCGAGUCGUCGCCUCGAGGCGGUCGUCUCGUCGGAGGUCAUCGACGGCGAGACGCUGUCGUCGUCGUCGGCGAAGCGCUCGAAGAUCAUGGACAAGCGUCGCAUCGAGUCGUGGAUCGCCGAGACGCAGUCGCGCCUCGAGACACGAGACAUCUGCAAUGACGUGGGCGAGGCGUCGGCUGCGAGCGAGGUGGGCGGGGCGGGCGGAGGAGCGGCGGUCGUCACGGCGACGGUCGGCGGCGACGGCGCGUCGUCAACAUCCUGCACGAAGGACAUACGCGUACGCAAGAACAUAUCCUCAAAGGAAUUUCACAGUAAGGGCGAGUGCCCACAGGUGGCAGCGUGUGUCGGAGCUGCAAACAUUCGCCCGUCGUCGAACAUUUCACCCAGUAUGCAAUAG